AUGGCAAUAAAUUCCAUAAAAAUAUUUACAGGUAAUUCGCAUAUCGAACUUGCACAACUUGUAGCGCGUCGAGUAGGUUUGGAUCUUUCAAAAGUAAUAGUGAUAAAAUAUGCUAAUCAAGAAACCUCAGUUGCUAUUGGUGAAUCAGUUCGCGAUGAAGAUGUUUUCAUUAUUCAAUCUGGGUGUGGAGAAGUUAACGAUAAUUUAAUGGAACUAUUGAUUAUGAUCAAUGCAUGUAAGGCGGCAUCUGCAAGAAGAAUAACGGCAGUGAUUCCUUGUUUUCCUUAUGCUAGACAAGACAGAAAAGAAAAAUCAAGAGCACCUAUUUCUGCAAAAUUAGUUGCUAAUAUGAUAACCGUUGCUGGUGCUAAUCAUGUAAUUACAAUGGAUUUACAUGCAAGUCAGAUCCAGGGUUUCUUCAAUAUUCCUGUAGAUAAUCUACCUUCUGAACCUUCCAUGCUUAAAUACAUCAGCACUAAUAUUCCUGAUUAUAAAAAUGCUAUUAUUGUUUCACCUGACGCCGGCGGUGCAAAAAGAGCAGCUUCAAUUGCAGAUUGUUUAAAUUUAGAUUUUGCUUUAAUUCAUAAAGAAAGAAAAAAAGCAAACGAAGUUUCAAGAAUGAUUUUAGUUGGUGAUGUCAAAGGUAAAAUAGCAAUAUUAGUUGAUGAUAUGGCUGAUACUUGUGGUACUUUGGCCUUAGCUUCUAAAACUUUAAGUGAGAGUGGUGCAUUAAAAGUCUAUGCAAUGGCUGCACAUGGUAUUUUGUCUGGUAAAGCAAUUGAUAUUAUCAAUGAAAGUUGCUUAGAAAGAUUAGUUGUAACGAAUACCAUACCUCAUCAUGAAAAGAAAACUGAUUGUUCAAAACUUGACACAAUCGACAUUUCUCCUACCUUAUCUGAAGGUGAUUUUUUUGAUUAG